AUGGCGGAUCCGUCUGCUGCCCAGCCGGGGCUAACUGUCUCUGGCUUCGUCAGUGGGCACGAGAGCAUGCAACUCCCUGAACACCCGUCUCUGGCUAUAUUACAGAGCGAUGAUGACGUCGAUGUCCGCCAGAAAUACCGCCCCUUCAUUCUCGAAGACGACGCGACUGAGGACUGGGUCAGUACCUUGGAGUUGACAACCGCCAUGGACAUGGCAGCGCGGGAACUAUACAAGUCAAACCGCAGGCUAAAAGUUCUGGUGUUAUACGGCAGUCUUCGUCGGAGGUCCUAUUCUCGCUUGGUGGCGCUGGAAGCCAGCAGGAUUCUCUUCCGUCUGGGCUGUGAUGUCCGCGUGUUUAAUCCUGAGGGACUGCCAGUGAAGAAUGAUACCGAGCAAAGCCACCCCAAGGUGCAAGAGCUCCGAGAGCUGAGCAAAUGGAGUGAUGGUCAUAUCUGGGUUUCUCCUGAACAGCACGGCAAUCUAACCGCUGUGUUCAAAAAUCAGAUCGACUGGAUCCCGCUUACCACUGGGAGUGUUCGUCCCACGCAAGGCCGGACCCUUGCCAUUGCUCAGGUGUGCGGUGGAUCGCAAUCAUUCAACGCCGUAAACUCCCUGCGUAUUCUCGGCCGGUGGAUGCGCAUGUUUACUAUCCCGAAUCAGUCGUCUAUCCCCCAAGCAUAUACCCACUUCCCUGCCGAGGGUCAACCGGAAGACCAGAGACUUAUGCCUAGUAGUAACCGGGACCGUCUGGUGGACUGCAUGGAAGAGUUUGUGAAGUAUACUAUCCUCAUGCGUCCUCACUUGGAACUUUUUGGUGAUCGGUUCAGUGAGCGGGAGGAGAGGAGGAUUAAGGAGGAGAAGGUAAGGGCAACACUCUCAAAGACAAGCUCAGUGUAG